UCUCUCUGCCUGUGUGUGCGUGCGUGCGUGCGUGAGUGUGCGCAGGCAAGCGAUCGAGCCAGUGAGUGAGAAAGCGAGAGAGAGAGAGAGAGUGAAAGGGGAAAGGAAAGCAAUCGAGAGGGAGAGAGCGAAUCGGAGUGAGAGUGCAAGACAAAGCUAUGAAAUUAAUCCGAGCUAUUUGCCUCCUGCUUCUUUGUCCAGCUUUGAGCCUCAACACUAGACAAGGCUAUGAAGGGCUGGAGCAGAAGCUGAAGGAGGUCUUCACCGAGCGGACUGGCAUCAUGCGUCAACUCUCCAAGACUUCAAAGGAACUGGACAGCAUAAAAGGCAACCUUCAGACACUGAAAAAUGACGACUCCGUGGCCAAGACGGAUGUCCUGAAAAUCCUGGCGCUCAGCCACAAGCAGAGGGAAGAGAUGAAAUCCCUCCAGGCUGCCUUGCAGAAGCAGCUGGUCGAGGCAACGGAGCAAGCCGAGAAACAGCAGGCCACAAUCAAGUUCCUCAAGAUGGAGAUGGAGAAAAAGACCAAAAUAAUCAAGGACCUGCAACAGGAGAACAAGAGCUUGAAAAAUAAACUGCUAUCUGGCAACAAACUGUGUGAUGUCCAUGCAGAAGAGUCCAAAAAAAUCCAGGCUCAACUGAAAGAGCUGCGGUACGGGAAAAAGGAUUUAAUUUUCAAGGGACAGCAGCUAAUGGAUCUGGAGCACAAGUUAACCAUUGCCAAAGAAGAGCUGGAAAAGGCCGCACUGGACAAGGAGUCUCAGUUGAAGGCACUGAAGGACACAGUGCACAUCUGCUUCUCUGCUGUUCUGCACAACCAGCGCACCAGCAGCCACAGGUUCCCCACCACCACAACCCACUUGUUCAGAUACUCCUCGCUCGUCAACAGCUCCAGAGUCACCUUUCAGCAGCCACACGCCAAGGAUAUCCCGAAAGUGCAGAGAAUCAUCACAGCCAGUAAAUCGCCUGCGAACAUUGGGGUAAUGAGGAGAGAAAGUAGUCCCGGAGUCAAGGACUGCCAGAUGGAAAAGAUUGGCGGGGGUUGCUUCCAAAACCAGACGGAGACAGAAUCUUCUCCCGACAGUAAAAAGCUGCUUGAACAGAAGCAAAGGCCUGCAGCGCAGAUCGGAAAAUCAAAUGCAAAGCCCUCAGAUGACAGGGAGGAAGUAGAGGGAGGCAGCAAAAACACAAAACUACACAAAAACAACUGAAUGGAUGGGAUGUCAUUGGAGAGGCAGAAAACCUGCGUUACCUGGAGAUCUUUUUCAGAGCACAUACUUGUGCCCACACACACACACACACACACACACACACACACACACACACACACACACACACACACACACACACACACACACACACACACACACACACACACACACACACACACACAGAGACACACACACACACACAAACACACACUCACAGAUACACACACACGCACACGCACACGCAGACACACACACACACACAGAGACACACACACGCACACGCAGACACACACACACACACAGACACACACACACACACAGAGACACACACACACACACACACACAGAGACACACACACACACACACACACACACACAGAGACACACACACACACAGAGACACACACACACACACAGAGACACACACACACACACACACACACACACACACACAGAGACACACACACACACAGAGACACACACACACACGCUGUUUGCAAAAGAGACACAGGAAUUGUUGGACGAAAACAAACUUCUCAAACGUGAAAUGUUUAAAUUUUUCGAUUGAAAACCUGCAUAAUAAAAUGGCAUGCAUUCUAGACUUCUUUUAAAGGUAGCAAUGGCACUGGUAACUUGUUUUAUGACUGUUCAUUGUUUUUUUUCAGAGCGAGGACACUCCUUUCUACAGUAAAUGUGUGUUAUUUCUAAUUAAAUCCCUCUGCACUGGUGAGGUCAUGAUAUUCUGUAAUAUAAGUACUCCAAUUAACAAAAACUGCUGUAACACCAAACUUACAAAAAUGGUUUGUCACUCAUUGUAGCAAGGUUAAUUUACUAUCUCCUCCAUAUUUUGAAGUAUAUCGGCUCUCAAGUUGGCUGGCCAACUUCUGUCAACAUUUAAUAUUUCAGAGCUCUUUCUGCCUUUAACAUGCUAGAGGUGAAGAGCCAAAGACUCACAAUGAGUCGUCUCCCUGAGAAUGUGCCAUGCACUGAGUAGUUACUCCUAGCUACAUUUAUCUGUGUUAUUUGACCUUUCUUUCAAUAAACUGUGAUUUUCAGUACAUUUGUGAAGAUUAAAUGGAUAUUUGUGGAGAAAACGAAUCGACUGGUCUAUUUUUAACCUAUAGUUGGAAUAACUAUUGUCACAUCCUGACCAUAGAAAGCCUGUAUUUUCUAUGGUAGAGUAGGUCAGGGCGUGACAUGGGGUGUUUAGUCUAGUUUAUUAUUUCUAUGUGGGGUUCUAGGUUUAUUUUUCUAUGUUGGUGUUUGUAUUGAUGAUUCCCAUUUAUAGGCAGCUGGUAAUCGUUGUCUCUAAUUGGGGAUCAUACUUAAGUUGCAUUUUUUCCACCUAUGGGUUAUGGGAUAUUGACUAUGGAUAGUUGCCUGUUCGCACUGAAUUGUCGUCACGGUUCGUUUAUUCUUUAUUGUGUUUUUGUAUUAACUUAAGUUUCACUUUCAUUAAAAUAUGUGGAACUCAA